CUUCAGAUCUCUGCAGCUGGGCCGACUGAGGACGCCUGGAUAAAGCUGAUUAGAAAUUGACUUUAAGUCAUAAAGACGGAGACUUAAAUAGGUUUCUUGUGUUCAACAUGAAGACAGCCGGUUUGUUUUAGACAAUAACAAGAAAGAGACGAAGUGAAGAGUUGAAGAAUCGAACUGCAAGAACAUUUUUUCCCUGUGAGACAGAAACAGUCAGUAAUGUCGAAGCUGGUUUGCCCUCUGCUUCUCCUUUGUUUACUUCCAGCUGUGGUUCCCCUCUUUUGUUACACCUGUGUGUUCCCCACCAUCUCACCUCUGGACUGCAUCAGAUUCCCUCUCAAGUGUCCACCCGGGCAAGUCUGUCUGUCCAGCAGAGCUGUGGGCGAGAAAGGAGACUUCUGUGUGGUGUUGUAUGAGAAGAGCUGCGUCCUUCCCUCCCUGUGUGGAGUCACGGGUGAAAAAUACACCAUGGGACUCAAUUUCACCUUCACCAAUGAAUGCUGCAACACACACCUGUGCAACGGAGCUGCAACACCUGCUACCCCUAACUGGACUGGCACAUUACUCACAGUACUUAUUUCAUACUCAGUUUGGUGAAUAGAAAAAUAUUAAAGCAGUGUGGAAGAGAACUAGUUUGACACACAUGAAGCAGAGUUGCCGUUUCUUCCCUCUAACAGACUGGCAUUCUACUUAAUUUUCUUUUACUAACGGUGCGCUAAUCUGUGCUAAACCACGUUUGUUUUACCACGAGUGUGAGGUGCAAAAAUAGUAUUUUUCUCUGAUUAUUGCUAACAACAUCUAAAGACAUGCCUUUCUGGUUGCAGAGCUGUUUUUGGAGGAGGGAAUGGGGAGACAUGUUUAGCUUAUGUUCCCAUGAUUUAGUAUUUUUAUGCAAACUGUGAUAAAAUAAACUACCUCUAACCACUUA